UGCUCAAUGUCAGCAAAACUUAAUGGAUACUUAAAAACUCCUUUCCCUCAAUUUUCACAAGUCUCUUCCUUUCGUUUGCUUAAAUUUUCCUUUAUUGUAUACACCGGCGGAGCACAGACGAGUCAUGGCCACUGAGAUAACUGAUCGGACACUCUCAACACCGACAUUUUUCGUAGCCGUACACGUCGGCGCUGGAUAUCACGCGUCGUCGAAUGAGAAAUCUCUCCGUUCCGCCAUGAAAUGCGCGUGUCUCGCCGCCGCUUCCAUUCUCCAAAAGGGUUCUGGUGGAUGCAUGGACGCUGUUACGACUGCAAUUCAAGUCUUGGAGGAUGAUCCAAAUAUAAAUGCUGGACGGGGUUCAAAUUUGACAGAGGAUGGUCAUGUGGAAUGUGAUGCUAGUAUCAUGGAUGGUGAUUCUGGAGCAUUCGGUGCUGUAGGUGCAGUGGCAGGUGUUAGAAAUGUCAUUGAGAUUGCUGCUUUGUUGGCCAAGGAACAGAUCUUUGGUUCUUCACAGCUUGGACGAAUAUCUCCAAUGUUUUUAGUUGGUGAAGGUGCUCGUGCAUGGGCGAAGUCCAAAGGUGUUGUUUUACCAUCAACUAUUACAGAGGCUGAUGAGUGGCUUGUGACUGAGAAAGCAAGAACCCAAUGGAAAAGAUACAAAGCAAUUCUUGAUUGUGCCAACGAUGUUAAUGAUGCUCCAGACAUAAAGAUGACCCAUGCUAUGGAGACUCAUGCAAUAUCUGGCAGGGGCAAGACUCUGUAUACACCACCCUUCCCCAACCCCACUUUUGGGGCUGAACUGGAAGUAGAGAGCCAACCAUCUGAUCAAUUGAGGGGAAAUGGAGUGGGUGACCAAAUCUCCUUGCUUGAUGCACUAAACGAAGACUUAAUUUCAGACACUGUUGGGGUUAUCUGUCUCGAUUCGGGAGGACACCUGGUUUGUGGAAGCUCUAGUGGUGGGAUAGCACUGAAGGUAAGUGGGCGUGUGGGUCUAGCUGCAAUGUAUGGUUCCGGUUGUUGGGCAUCGUCAAAGGGACCUUUUGGAUCUCCAUUUAUAGUGGGAUGCUGUGUUAGUGGUGCUGGAGAAUACCUAAUGAAAGGAUUUGCUGCUCGGGAAUGCUGUAUUUCAUCAUCUCUGUCUCAAUCCGGUCCAUCUUCUGCUUGUAAAAAGGUUUUGAGAACCAUUCAAGAAAACAGCCAGUGUGACUCUGAAAGAAGUGCUGGAUUCCUUCUAGUUCAAGCAGAGCCUCCAAGAUUGGUUGGGGGCAACUUGGCUAAGCUGGAAGCUGUUGAGAUUGCAGCUGUUUAUUCUUCCUCAUCUUUUGGAAUAGGUUAUUUUGGCAGCUCUAUGGAUAGGCCCAAGGUUUCAGUGCUUAGGAGUAAAAAACAGCAAAAUAAAGCUGGAAUUGAUGAGUUUGCAGCACGAGUUAAUCUUGUCGCCAAGGAGCGCUAGUGUUGCAGCAGGACUGGCAACAGGGCAAAAGACUUGCUCAUUUCAAUGGCAUCAUCAGUUCAGCUAAAUUAUACCAUGAUACGGCUGAGACCAGUAUACGUAGGCUGAAGGAAUGUCGUAAAAGUAGUUGAGCCAAAAGGUAUCAGGGAUUCAAAUGAUAAAUUAGCUAAAAGAUUGGCGCAGACAUGACCAACCAAAACUGAUUUUAAUUCUAUGAGAAAAUAGAACUGUGCGCUUUUGUUUAUUCUUUCUUUAAUGAUCUAUUUUCCUUGCCAUUGUCAGUGAAAGAUGUUGCUGUUUUCAAUUCUUAUACAUGCUUGGGUGUGACUUUUUAAUUGAUGCUUUUUUUCUAA